AUGUCGGACGAGGAGGACUAUGACUUCGAAUACGAAGAUGACGAAGAGGAGGAGGAUGCCGAUGCGCAGAUCGAGAACAAGUACUACAAUGCGAAGAACUCGAGAAGGUAUGGCGCUUGGACUGACACCCAGACACUGCAAAGUUUGCGUGCUAUCGAGUUCGGUGACGGCAAGUAUAAUUCCCAGGGACAAGGCACGACACUGCUGGAGUUACUCUCAAUGGAAAUUCAGAUGUACGAUAAAAUGGGCAAAGCCGACAUGGUGAAGGCUGCUCAAGUGGACUUCUUCCAGGCGUUCAACAAUUACGACGAAGCAGGGAGUCCCCAACGGGUAGUUGUAUUGAAAUACCUUGUGCUCGCUCAUAUCCUUAUGGGCAAUGGAAUCAACCCAUUCGAUUCCCAAGAGACGAAGCCUUAUAAAGACGAUGUGGAAAUGGCUCCUCUGGUGGCCCUCUUGAGCGCAUAUGAAUGCCGUGAUGUUCACAAGGCUGUUGCUAUUGUGAAUGAGUCACGCGAUACUCUAAUGAAAGAUGACUUUAUCCGUAUUCAUUUACCUGAUGUACUUCAUGAGCUCCGUGUACAGUACAUUCAAGAGUACGUGAAGCCUUAUCGCAGCGUUCGACUCGAACGGCUCGCACAUCGAAUCCGUGGACAAAUUGAUCAGGUGGCACAAUCCCUAGAGCUGCACCACAUCGAUCACAGCACUGCCUAUCUUCUACGUCGAGCUCUCAUUCAAGGCUCCACUGAGAUCGCACAUAUGAACCAAGCAAUUUCGAGAUCCGAAGGCGUGGAUUACUUUGUACUUCCCGCUAUUGUAACUGCCACUGGUCUACUUGCUGGUGCUGCUCCUGUGAACAAGGAGGAGACUGGUAUUCAGCCACUUGCUCCGCCUGCCACACGUCCUGGAGCUCCUCUGGUCCUCCAAUGGAACCCUGAUGUGUCGGGUUCCAAGGAUUGGAAGCAUAUGUCUAUUUCUCUGGUGUCGGUCGGCCAGGAUGGCCACGAGAAGACUACCAAGCUCGCCUCGAACAUCGAUGGCACGAACCCGAGCAAGACGAACUACACAACGGAGGCUCCGAAGCACCCUAAGAACUCCAAUGUGUACUUUGUCGAGUUUUCUGACGGUAAGACGAAGAAGAAGUCGCCUCAUUUCACCAUUGAGAAUGCGGACAGCUCGUACCACGUGCGCCGCCAUGCUUACUCGGAGACACCUGGAGCGGUUCCUGACUCUGAGCUUUACUCGGAGUCGAACCUCGAUGAAAGUACUGCUGGCAAUUCGAUGCGCCCUUCGGACCUUGAAGCUUUGAACUUGCAGGACCAGGAUGAGAGCAGUGCGAAUGGCCAGCGCGCAGCAGACCACAUUCUUUCGCCCCAAGGGCAACUAGGUGGUCCUGUGAAUAUUGGUGGCAUAAUGUACGUGCCACUGGUCCCCACUGGCAUGCUCGAGUCUUUGGUUCGCGAUCAUGGACAUGCUCGACCCACUCAGAGUACCUCGAACAAUACUGCGAGUCACCCUAACAGUACGUCUAGUGGCUCUGCAACGCGCACUCCGACCAGUGCUGACCGAAACAUGAUGGCGCACUUUGAGUCCGAGGGUCAGCAAUUGAUCCCCGAAGGUCUUCGCCCAACGUCGUCCAGCGGAAGCAGCCAUGCGACGGAAUCGGUGAUGUCGUCGCCUGAGACCUCUUCUCAUCGUGGACACUCUACCAAGUCGGCAAAUGCGACAGCCACAGGCACGAAGACAAACCACGCCUCUAAGACGUCUCAUAAGAGUUUGGAGGAUGAGCUGAACUCGGCUUCGUUGCCAGAGAAUUUGAGUUCUCGUACGGGCUCGCUCGCGUCGGCAACUGGAACUAGGGCUGCGUCGGCUAGCCCCACGUCAGCCUUGUCUGCUACCGCAUCGCAUGGUUCACAUGGCCUGGAUAAUGUUGCCUCUCAACUGUUCAAUGUGCCUGCAAUGAAGAAACGUUCAGACAAUGAAAUGAAUCACAUCAUUUCGCGUAUCGCUACGGCGAACCCUCAGGUGAGCCGUGCCUUUGCAGCGAACACCAGUGGUGCUGGUCGUGGCAACCUGACAAACACGGCAUCCAGCAACGACAGCAGCAGCACCUCUAGUGCUCCCUCGUCUACUUCAGGCCAGGGUAAGUCGAAGCAACAAGCUGAGAGUACGGGACAUCACCAUGGCAAGGCUUCUUCAACGGCUUCUGGGUCGUCGUCGUCGUCGUCGUCGUCGUCGUCGCCGACGUCCUCUUCGAACAGUACUUCUGCAAAGCCCACAUCGGCAUCUUCACGUACAUCCGGCAGUAGCGGUGCUCAUCAACUGAGUGCUGAGGUGCUGAGCUCUCUGGCUACGAUGUCAACGUCACAGAUGCCUGAGGCGUUAAGCUCGCUCGGCAUCACCCAGUCGGUGUCGCUGUUCGCUGGUAUGGACCCUCUGGCUGGUUUCAGGUCGUCGAGCCAAGAUACUAAGACGUCGUCGUCGUCGCCAUCGUCUUCGCAGCCGUCGUCUUCGUCUUCGUCUUCGUCUUCGUCUUCAUCGCUGUCGCCGUCGCAGUCCUCAACCUCGACCUCGUCUUCGCAACCCUCGUCUUCGUCAUCGUCGAUUUUGGACUCGACGUCUGCUUCUACGCAUCACCAUGCUGGCAAUGCAACACACGCUCGUAACAACAGCUCGUCUGCGGCUAAGCCAACCUCGGUGUCUAGCGGCAGCCUAACGCGCUCUCGCGGUUCUGGCACCCGCACUUCGGGGUCGCAAAGCCAAAGCAACGAUAUGUCGGAUAUUCUUGCGCAGGGCAUCCUUGGCGACACAGGCCUCUCUCCUUCCCAGGUGAGCCAGUACUAUGGCAGCCGCAGCGGCCACAGUAGCAACAGUGCCCAGAGCUCUCACAGUGGACACAGGUCGCAGGGCGCCAAGAGCCAUGGUCAGGGCCACAUGUCUGCCUCGCUUCAUUACCAACAUGGCUAUCAGAGCGUGUCGCAGAGCUUGUAA